GAAGUGAGAAGAACGGAAGUUUUCAUGCCUAGUUAUAACACGUUUCCCUUUAUUCUGUGCCUCAUUACAAAUAUUUAAAACUUAAAUAUUUUCGAUAAAAUCAACAACUUACGCUAUUCCUUGUUCUACUGACAGAAAUCUCUGGCGCGUGGCAGACUGCAUAGUUGACCCGCGCUAGCUGUCUUUACCUUUACUUAGCAUAGCUGUGGAAGAGUGGACUCGACAAAAAAGAAAGUUGACACAGUCAGUGUCAUUCCAUAGUCUCUCUGUUGUUCAUCUCCAAAUAGCGCUGGGCCGUUGAUGUAAUGCCUUGAACAAAGGAGGAUUUUUAGAGCCGCAAUCUUUAGUUUGCUGUGAUCUGCCCUGCAUUGUUUGCUGCUUCAGAGAAAACCAAUUAAUCUGCUCAUGGCGUGUGCAAAAGUGCCAUUGGACGAGCAGCAUGUCACCGAAAUCAUGGGGCCAAUGGGCCGAGAACAGACCAUCCCGGCACUGCACCCAGACCGCAAGGAGGAGCGUUGUUUUCUUCCAUACAAACCCCCGCCUGAGGAUAACUCUUCAGCACAGAUUGAGGAGUACUUGGAGCAAGCGCAGUUUAUAUCCGAAGACUUGGAUUGGUUGCUAUCACUGCCUCAUGAUAAAUUCUGGUGCCAGGUAGUGUUUGAUGAGUCUCUGCAGAGAUGCCUGGAUUCAUACCUGAGGUAUGCUCCUCGCACUCUGGACACGGCCCAGCCUGUCUCAUCUCCUGCUGUGGCCGACAUGGAGCGCUGCGUCCACAGGUCCGUCUUCAUGGUCUUCCUGAGGAUGGCUACUCACAAGGAGUCCAAGGAGAACUUCAUCACGCCAGAAGUGUUUGGAGAGAUCAUUUACAACAACUUCCUGUUUGACAUUCCUAAGAUGAUGGACCUCUGUGUGCUCUUUGGGAAAGGCAAUGCGCAGCUUCUGCACAAAAUGAUCGAGAACAUUUUCACACAGCAGCCUUGUUACUAUGGUGAUCUAAAUGAAACCGUUCCCUCUAUCCUCCAGGUUCUGGGCACAGUCCUGGAGAGAUGUGGCCUUCAGUCUGAGGGAGCCACUGCCUCAGAACCGCUAAAACUCGGCUCGCACGAUCGGCCAACCUCCAUGACCAUGCCUCAGAAAGACCUUGUGGACCUGAUUGUGUACAUGUGUGACACGUGUACCACUCUUCACGCCUUCUUGGACAUUUUUCCCGAAGCCUGCGAAACAUUCCACUCCCACGGCGUUCUCAGCAGACUAACUUCAUUUUAUGAGAUGGUAGUUCCUGAUUUGGAGAAAGCACUGAGAAAGAGGAAUUUUGACAAAAGUGUUCAGGAGGACCUGUGGAGUAGGCUUUGCCAUUCGCGUAAGAGGAUGGUGGAGAUCGCCCAUCUGCUCUUACAGCACACCUGCCUGCAGCCUAUUCUAGAGGGUGCUGAGAACAUGCAGUCUUCUGUGGAGGAUCUGCUUCAGAAUUUCACCAAUUUCAUUCAGGAGAAAAGAUUCCUGGCUGACUAUGACGAGCAGUUUCCUUUAGCGGAUGACAUCAGUCUCCUGCAGCAGGUUUCUCCUCAUCUAGAUGAGACCCGGACCUCCUACCUCCUUCAGGCAGUGGAAAGCGCCUGGGACAGUGUGGGCAAGAAGAGGGGCAGACCCCCGGUGCCCUCCGCGGGGGCGGCCGCUGGUGCCUCGGCCAGGAGAGGAGCCGGUGGGGCAGGAGCUGGAGGUCUCCAAGGAGCAGCAGCAACAGCAGCCGCAGUAGUGGAGGACUUCCCUCAGAAGGGUGAUAACGGGGCAGUGUGCACCAUAAGUUCUGGUGAGCUGGAGUCACUAUUGACCCACAUCAGGGAACUGCUGCCUGACCUGGGGGAGGGCUUCAUCCUGGCCUGCCUGGAAGAGUAUGGCUACAGCUCUGAGCUGGUCAUCAACAACAUCCUGGAGGACCGACUGUCCCCGUCCUUAGACAAGUUAGACCGUGCGAUGCCCAGGCCAGUGAGGGAGGAGCCCCCUGAGGUCCUUAGCACCAGGUCCAACGUGUUUGAUGAUGAUGAGUUUGACGUGUUCCAGAGGGAUCAGGUGGAUAUGGACCGCGUCUGGAAAGGCAAAAAGAAGGGGCAAAGCCUCCACGCCCUGCUGGAUGAUAAGCAGCACAUAGCAGAGCAGAAGGCAAGGUACCUGGCCUACGAAACCGUGGUGGAGGAGGUACUGGUGGAUCCCAAUGACCCAGGCUUCCUCCUGGAUGAUUAUGACGACGAAUACGACGACACCUAUGACAUCAAUCAGGUGGGAGCCAACGACCUGGAUGACGACGAUGACCUGUUGAAUCGGAGACCAUUCACUACCCCAUUGGUCCUUCAAAUGCACAAGAAGUCUCAGGGCAAAGAAGAGGAGGAAUACAAUGAAGAGGAAGAGGAGAACAAGGAUGGGGGGGUGAAGAGAGAUAUGUUCAUCCAGGAUCCUGCUGUCCUGAGGCAGAGAGCCGAAGCCAGGAGGGCAUCUAUGCAACACAGGAGAGGAGGGUACAGACCCCCUCCUUCCAAUCACGUGGAGGGCGGCGCCAAAGGUCAGGGCCAGUCCAAGGAGACGGUGUUGGACCGGCGGAAGAAGGAGGCCAACAAGAGCCGAGGUGCCAACCACAACCGCAGAAACAUGGCCGACCGCAAGCGGAACAAGGGCAUGAUCCCGUCCUGAGGCCAGUGAGCGUCAAAGCCUCAAGAUGUCAGGUCAGUGGCAGAGGUGCCACUCAGCGAAGCUCUGCCAGACAACUCAUGGAGAUGAUGCACAUCAAAGCACAGGGGGAUGUGAACUUCCUACAAAAUUAUUAUAAUUUUUUUUUCUUUCUUUUUUUUUUAAGAUUAACUAAAGGGUGUGCAGAAGGGUUUGUGUAAAAUACUUUUAGUUAGAUCAGCUCAUUCUAACCUUUUUUUUUAUAAACAGAUGGCAACCAUAUUACACCCAUCCUAAAAGUACACUAAAAUCCCCCAUAUUCUACGCCAAAGAGCAAACAAUUUUGUUUUUGUUUUUCCAUUUUGCCAUGUAACAAGUGGGUUUAAUACAGAGACGAGACAAGGUAGCUCUUGCAACAUUUUUAGUGAUCAACAAAAGAAAUCAGAGUUUACAGGUGAAGAUAAGUUCAAGCAGGCUCUCCCUGACAGUUGUGUUUGAAGGUAUCCUCUGCCAUGCUGUGACUGUAGACAUCUUAAACCGAGGUCUGAACAGGGGCUGUAGAGACUAACAGACGAGCUCUCAGAGCUCUUAGCUCUUCAUGGUCUGCUAGCCACUGAGGUCAGCUUUGGGGAAGAUCAUUCAGGAGUUUCCGGCGAAACAUAGUGAGUGCCAUCAUGCAUAGCGAUGUUCAACAACAUGCUUUUUUGUAAGAGGACAUUUUUAUGAUUGCUUUUCUUGAAGCAAGAGUAAAAGGAAAGGGAAAAAAAAACACAAUAAAUAAAUUAAGCAA